GCCUCAACACCCUGCAUCGCCAGUCCCACUGUCCUAGUCUUACGCGACGUCACUCCUCAUUUUCUACACAUCACUUCGCAUCACAGACUUUGAGACCAUCUGUCAUGGCUCCCUCUGUCGACUUUAGCAAGUCUGUAGGCUUCGACCUGGGCGAUCAGCCCGUCUCCUGGCAGAAGCGGGACUGUCUCCUCUACAAUGUCUCCCUCUACCCCUUCUCUGCAUCUUCCACCUCGGGAGGUAAGCCAGAGGAAGAGCUGAACUACCUGUACGAGAAGUCAAAGGCAUUCCGAGUGAUCCCUUCGUACCCCCUUGUGCUGCCCCUGAAGGGCGCCACGUCAGAGGUCAAUGACUUUGCUCAGAUGGUGGCUGGGAGAGGAGCGGUAGAUGGGUUCCCGGCGCUCGAUCCCAAUACCAUCGUACACGCAGAGCAGUCGCUUGAGCUGCACGCCCCCAUUCCCACCAGCUCUGGAGACGGCUGGAAGUUGCAGAAGCGAGUCUCUGCCGUCCACGACAAGAAGAGCGGCCUGAUCAUGGAGACGGAAGCGAAGCUUGUUGACCCUAGCGGAAAGCUUGUAGCGACCAUGAUUGGUUCAUCCUUCUACCGCGGCGGCGGACAAGGUACCAACUUCUCCAAGUCCAUCGUCUCCAAGCCGCCCACAGCCUCGCCACCGAAAGAUCGCUCGCCAGACUAUUCACAGACGACACAGACCUCCGGGUUGCAGGCCGUGCUAUACCGUCUGAGCGGAGACUACAACCCUCUUCACAUUGAUCCCUCCAUUGGCUCUCGCGGCGGGCUGGGCGGUGUGAUUCUGCACGGUCUCUGCUCCUACGGUAUUGCGAUGCGAGCGAUUCUGAAGAGCCUCGACCCGCAAGAUGGUCUAGCAGACGAAUCGGGUGUAGAGCUCAAGUCGGUAUCCGCACGUUUCACCUCGCCUGUCAAGCCGGGGGAUGAGCUGAGGACCGACGUGUGGGUCAUUGGCGAGGAAGGACAGGGAGAGAAGGUCCUUGCAUUUGAACAGACGGUCGUUGCUACUGGGAAGAAGAGUCUUGGCGGCGGCAGGGCCGUAGUUAAGGCAGGCAAGGGCAAGUCCAAGCUGUAGAGAAAGAAGGCGAACCCUGCUCCCCCGCAUGAAGAAAGGUUGGCACGGGCCGUGACUAUUCCGGGGAGGUAUGUGCUCAGGCGGAAAUACUUGCCCCAGACUCUGUCGAUCGGCAUUGCAUCGCUACGACGUGAGCUUCUCUGUUGACUUGUGAGCCGCUGUUCCGUCUGUCAAGUCAAAUUGACCUCUCUACGCCGCUCGCCGCUUCGAGUCUGUUCCGAGUGAUGCAAAUAG